AUGAUUAGACGGUGUUUCACUUCUUCUGCGUGUUGCCAUUUGCGACAACUCGCCAGCCUUGGGCUGAUUUUAUUGGCGCUGUUCUUCUUCGUCGCGCCAGUGCAUGCAGACGAGUCGGAUUGGCAUCUGGUUCCCAUACCCGAUUCUUGGAAACAGCAGCCCGGCGGUGAGUUGGCUACCGAGAAUGGCUUCUCUUGGUACCGCUGCUACGUCGAUGUCCCGGCCGAAUGGGAAGGGCAUCCGGUCGAGCUGAACAUUGAACCGGUAGACGACGCCCGGCAAACGUUCGUCAACGGCACACCGAUUGGCGCCACGGGCACGUUUCCUCCGCAAUAUCGUAGCGGACUGGGCGAAGAAUCGCGGUUUGCGGUGCCUGGCGAGUUGCUGAAGUUCGGCGAGACGAACGUGAUCGCGAUUCGCACCUAUAUGAAAGAUGCCCGUAGUAACUUUCUCGUCGCAGCUCCUAUACUGCUUUCCGGGGAACGAGCCAUUCGAAUGGAAGGGCAGUGGGAAUACCGGCCGGGAGACGAUCGAGAAUGGGCCAGUAUUGUGCCACCCGCGGCACUUUCGGCCGAGGCCCCCGCUUUCUUUCACACGGUGGACGAGGUCGAUGAUAUCGAGCUGUAUCUCCGCCGGCGCGUUGGCGAUACCGAUCCGCUCUCGCCGGACGAGGCGCUCGGUAGCUUCACGGUGGCCGACGAUCUGAAACUCGAGCAGGUACUGGCUGAGCCACUCGUAGGGCAGCCGCUGUUCGUGAACUGGGACGAACGCGGACGGCUGUGGGUGAUGAACUAUCAGCAGUACCCAAACCCUGCCGGUCUGAAGAUGCUGAGCCGCGACAAGUUCCUGCGUAGUGUCUACGACAAAGUGCCGCUGCCCCCGCCGCACGGAGAACGGGGACGAGACAAUAUUUCCAUCCACGAGGACACCAACGGCGACGGAGUCUUUGAUAAACACAAGACCUUCGUCGAUGGGCUCAAUAUCACAAGUUCGUUCGUUCGGGGGCGAGGUGGUGUGUUUGUGUUAAGUCCACCGUAUUUACUGUUCUAUCCGGACGUCGAUCGCAACGAUGUGCCUGAUUCUGAUCCGGUUGUGCUGCUGAAAGGCUUCGGCUUUGAAGAUUCGCACUCCAUCGCUAACAGCUUACGGUGGGGGCCCGAUGGCUGGCUGUAUGCCUGCCAGGGAAGCACGGUUACUGGCCAGAUCAUUCGCCCGGCCAUCGAUACCACUCCCAUUCAUUCGAUGGGACAGCUCAUUUGGCGGUAUCACCCUGAGACAAGGCGUUACGAGGUUUUCGCCGAAGGGGGCGGCAACACGUUUGGCCUCGAAGUGGACGAUAAGGGGCGGAUGUUCUCGGGCACGAAUGGUGGAAACACUCGAGGGUAUCACUACGUGCAGGGCGCCUACGAGCGAAAAGGUUUCGAGAAACACGGCGCGCUGUCGAACCCAUAUGCGUUCGGCUAUUUCCCCGCCAUGCAGCAUCACGAUGUGCCGCGCUUCACGCACAACUUCAUUAUUUAUUCCGGCAAUACUUUACCCAAGCAAUACCACGGGCAACUCUUCGGCAUUGAGCCCUUGCAGGGGCAGAUCGUACUAAGUGACAUCUGGCCCGACACGACUACGUUUGCGACUAAAGACCUCGAUCGUCCUGUUCAGUGUAGCGAUCAAUGGUUUCGGCCUGUGGAUAUCAAGGUUGGCCCCGAUGGUGCGAUUUACUUCUGCGACAUGUAUGAGCAACGGAUCGACCAUUCCAGCCACUAUGCCGGUCGAGUCACCCCGGAUACGGGACGGGUGUAUCGGGUUCGUUCGAAGGAAUCGAUGCCGGCGGAGGCGUUCGACUACGAGCAGCUCACCACGGCGGAGUUAAUUGAGUUGCUCGAUCACCCGAACAAAUGGCAUCGCCAGACAGCGCUUCGAAUUUUCGGCGACAGAAAAGAUCGCAGCGUGAUUCAGGCGUUGGUCGAGGUCAUUCAACAGAAUCAGGGCCAACUGGCGCUCGAAGCCCUGUGGGCGCUGAAUCUUUCCGGCGGCUUCACGGAGUCGUUUGCCACCGAGUUUCUGGAUCAUCCAGAUGAGUGCGUGCGACUGUGGACGAUUAGGCUUCUCGGAGAUAGCGGAAAUGUUUCCUCAGAGCUGGCGGCGAAGCUGACGGAUCUGGCCGCCCAAGAGCCGUCGGCUGAAGUUCGCAGCCAGUUAGCCUGUUCCGCCCGCCGACUUCCGGCCCAGCCGUGCGUGGCGAUUAUCCGCCAGUUGUUAACCCACAGUGACGACGCCAAUGAUCGGCACAUUCCCCUCUUGCUGUGGUGGGCCAUCGAAUCGAAGGCAGGAGAGAAUGCCGACACUGUGUUGGCCAUGUUCGAUGAUCAGGCGUUCUGGGACUUGAAGCUGGUCGAAGAACACUUGCUCGACAAGAUCAUCCUCCGUUACGCACUUGCUGGAUCUCGCAGCGACUUGCUGGCCUGCGCCAAACUACUAUCGCUGGCCGAAAAACCUGAACACAAAAAGAUCUUGAUCGACGGAUUCGAAGCAGCUUACGCGGGUCGUUCGUUGUCGAAUCUGCCUGACGAGCUGAUUGCGGCGAUUGGCGCCGUUGGGGGCGGUUCGGUGAUGUUGCAGGUUCGGCAAGGAAAGCCCGAGGCGAUUCAAACCGCGCUAGAUACAAUUUCUAACUCUUCUGCCGGCUCGGAAGAACGACUGCAAUUCGUUCGUGUGUUCGGUGAAAUUGUCGCGCCGCAAGCCGUUCCAGUGUUGCUAGAGAUUGUGGGGAGCGAUGCGGAUGAGUCGCUUCGCGCAGCCGCAUUGCUGAGUCUACAGUCGUACGGGGACGCAGCAAUUGCUCAGCGGGUGAUUGAGCUGCACAAUUCGUUCCCUGAGACCCUGCGUUCCACUGCCCAAUCGCUGCUGGCCAGUCGACGGGAUUGGACCAAGAUGUUUUUGGCCGCGGUCGAGUCGGGAGCGAUCGAGGCUGCCGCUGUUCCGGUUGAAGUGCAGCGGCAACUGCUGUUGCACAACGACGAGGCGGUGACGAGCCUUGUUAAACAACACUUUGGCGAAAUCGCCGGUGCCACCACACAGCAGAUGCAGGCUCGCAUCGAUGAGCUGAAUGAGGUGUUGCAGGCCGCGAAAGGGGCUGGAAACCCUUACACAGGCAAGGAACUCUACAAAGCCGAGUGCGGGAAAUGCCACAAGCUGUUUGCCGAAGGUGGCGACGUCGGGCCAGAUCUGACCUCAUUCAAGCGAGAUGAUAUCCGUGGCAUUCUGCUCAACGUGGUGAACCCCAGCGCUGAGAUUCGUGAGGGCUUCGAGAACUUCACUGUGUUCACCGACGAUGGCCGCAUCGUGUCGGGCUUCCUGGCCGACCAGGACAAUCAAGUUGUGGUGUUGCGGGGUGUCGAUGCCCAGAACGUGGUGGUGGCACGCGAUGAAAUCGAUGAGAUGGUGGCGAAUCCCAAGUCGGUGAUGCCGGAGGGCAUUCUCGACAAGCUCGACGAGGAACAGAUCAAGUUUCUCAAAACGUCUGCUGCAGUUGGUGCGGCCACAUUCGCUGCUCCCGCUGUGUUACGAGGGCGGGGCUUGAACGAGAGGCUAAACAUCGCCGUCAUCGGUUGUGGUGGGCGUGGCGCUAGCAAUAUGGGUUCCGUCGAAUCGGAAAACAUUGUUGCUCUCUGCGAUGUGAGUAACGAGAACCUCGAUAAGGCGGCAGCCCGUCAUCCGAAUGCUCGGAAGGUGAACGACUUCCGCAAGUUGUACGAUCACGCGGGCGAGUUCGAUGCGGUGGUGGUCAGCACCUGCGAACAUACGCAUGCCUUCGCCACAUUGCCGGCGUUGCAAUUGGGCAAGCACGUGUAUUGCGAGAAGCCGCUGACUCAUAGCGUGUGGGAAGCCCGGGUGAUUCGUGAGGCGGCCGCCAAAGCGGGAGUGGCGACGCAGAUGGGCACGCAGAUUCAUGCCGGUGACAAUUACCGGCGGGUUGUCGAGUUGAUUCAGUCCGGCGCGAUUGGCAAUGUCCGCGAAGUGCACGUGUGGGUAUCGCGCGCAUGGGGAUGGCAUGCCAACGAGGCCGACUCCAAGCAGGCGGGCGACAUCGUUUUCGUUCAAGAUCGCCCGCAAGAGGCCGAGCCGAUUUCCACCGGGUUGGACUGGGACCUGUGGUUGGGGCCUGCACCAAAGCGGCCAUUCAAUAGCGUCUAUGUGCCCGGCCCGAAGUGGUACCGCUGGUGGGACUUUGGCAACGGAACGAUGUCCGAUCUAGGCAGUCACUGGAUUGAUCUGGCGUUUUGGGCACUCGACUUGAGAGUUCCGCUCUCGGUCGAGGCAGAAGGCCCCGCGAUCCACCCGGAACUGGCCCCGGCUUCGAUGCAGGUGAAAUACGAAUACGGUCCCCGUGGGGAUCAGCCACCGGUUUCGCUUACCUGGUAUCAGGGAGUGAACAAACCGGCGAUCUGGAGCGAGGGUAAGAUUCCGCAGUGGGGCAAUGGUGUGCUCUUCAUCGGCGAUGACGGUAUGGUGCUUUCCGAUUACGGCAAACAUACGUUGUUGCCGGAAGAGAAGUUCCAGGAUUUCCAGCGCCCCGAGCCUUACAUCCCAACCAGCCUCGGUCAUCAUGCCGAAUGGGUUCACGCCUGUAAAACGGGUGAGCCGACCACCUGCGACUUCGAAUAUGCGGGUUGGUUCACCGAGGCGAAUCACCUGGGCAAUGUAGCAUUUCGCACCGGGCAGCGACUCGAAUGGGAUGCGGAGAAUAUGAAGGCCAAGAACACGUCGGCGGCCGAUGAGUUCAUUCGACGCGAUUACCGAUCAGGCUGGUACUUGUCGUAG